UGCCAACACGAAGAACGAAUAGAGGAAGAGCAUCAUAAAAAUGCUGAUACAAUAACAAUGAGAGGACUGAAUGGCUUUACUGCCUUUCUGGAAAAAACUGCACCUCGAAAACUAGACAUGACUUUGGAUGUUCUCAAUGAACGGAUCAGACUGUCUGCCUGCAUCCAAAACCUGGAGGAAAGAAUCUGUCUGUCUGAGCUGAAAGAGGCAGAAAUUGAACAAAUUAAAGAAGCUCUGAAGAUACAUGAAAAGAACAAAAUUAAUGAUAAGGUCACUGUAGAAUUUGAUGAAGCCUACAAAGGCAAAGAAGCCAUUGAAGGAGACAUUUGGUUAAUGACUUUAGUAAAAGGGGCAGUAUGUUGUACCAUCUGUGAGGAGAACUGUCACUAUCCUGGAUGUUCAACCUCUAGAAAGCCCGAGGACUGUGAGGUGAUGAAAGAUGGCCGGUGCACUGUGUGUACUUUAAAGUGUCCUGCAUCUGCUCAUGUGAAAGGGAAGUGGAGAUAUGUGAACAAGACAAAAAGGGUUCAGAAAAGCCUGGAUGAGAUUAAAAGAAAGUCAAAACGAGAAAACAGUUUGGAUUUUUUGGUCAAUCUUGAGAAAGAUUUGAAAAAGCUGAAAGCAGAAAAGUCACAGCUGCUGGAAGAAGCCCUCCAACAUAUUGACAAUUUAGGGCAGAUUGCUUUGAAAGUUAAUUCAGUGUCCACAUUUGUCCCAUAUGACUUUCUGAUUGAAAAGCUGAAUGACAGAGAAGAAGCAAACAAAAUUCAGAAACUGGAGGAGAUGAAAAGCAAAGAGGAUGAAGGAACCAGAACAAUCAUUCAGUCUAUGUGGGGUAAAAUGAAAGCAACUACCAAAAAAAUUCAAAAGGCCUUAAAGUAGCAAAACUGGUAUCAGCUAAAUGGGGUCCUUUAAGAGUGCAUCUUUGAAUUAAUGCAAAUGUUUGGAUGAAAACACUGGCUCAAUUUCUCAUGUCAUAACAAUUGUUCCUCAUGUAAGCUGUGUUAAAUACAUUUAAAUAGACUUCAGUGCAAAUACAUGCAGCACAUAAAACACCGUUCUACACAUUCCUAAUGUUAAAGUCUCAGUGCAAUACCACAAGAAAAUAACAAAUACUAAUACUAUCAGAAAAACAAACCACUGUUGACAUGAGGUACCAGCCAAUGCACAGCAAGGUCAGGUUUCAGAAUUGAUCAUUUUCCAAUUUCCUUUAAUUCUUACCCUGUUUAUACACCAAACAAAAUAUUUAUGUUAACAGAAAGGUAACUUAAAAACUGAUACAGAAUAAUAUCUGUUUCUAUUUACUUAGGUUUCACUAAAUACAAUAUAAAAGAUCAAAUAAUAAAAAUUCCUUUGAUAUGAAAAUCCAAACUGCUAAAAAAAAUCCUACUCGUCCUUAUAAACCACUGUAACAUGUUUAUAACUACCCAUCAGCUAUAGCAAUGUGAUUAGAUGACAGUGGUGCUUUCCAUACUUAAUCAUAUGUGAAGUGCUCUUGCAGUUUAUCGACAACUCUUCACUGUUGCCACAGUUUAUCUGGGAUCUUAAAAUAUUUUCAUAUUGCUGGUAAAAAAAUCUAUGUGGAUUCUUCAAACUUCGAUGUGAAAUCAAAACAAGUCAGUCAAUCUUACACUGCUUUUGCAUGGAGAGUUUAGAUUUGCCAUCAACUAAUUUUGAUGGCACGUCAUAAACAGCUGGAGAAGCACAAAGUUUUUUACUCUUCUGGCUGAGUUUGAUGAUUGUAUUAUAUAUGAUGUAAAUGUUCAUAAUAUAAUUAUAUUGCCUCACAACAGCAGCACCAUGAUAAUGGUUAUAAGUACAUGAACUAUUUUACUCUUGAUUUUCAACUGUUUUGUUACAAAAUAAUACAUUUUGUUUUUACUUAUAUUUACUUCAAUUUCCUAAUAAACUAUUAUUCUUAGAAAUGUGUUGGGAUCAUAAGAAAUUAUUAGAUUUUUGUGUGUUUGACAUUAUGUUCCAAUUUUACUACAUUUUCUUCUAUUUGUGAUUACUUGAUGUUCUGUGAAUAUGAACACAAAUGUGAUUAAUAAAUCUCUGAGAAAAGCUUUGUUCUGGUCAUUUGUGUUUUAAGUUUUACCUUGAAACAGUCUAGACAGAAACACAUUAAACACAAGAUGUAAUUUGCUCUCAAGUUAAAGGGGCAGUACUACGUAAAAUUGACUGUGUUGAGCAAUAUAUGUUUUAAAGUUAUUCUCAUGAAAAACAUACUCAGUGUUGUCUUGGUCCUUUCAUCUAUGUUUGAGAAAUCAAUCUCAACUGUUCAGCUGUGCAAAAUGCCUGGGGGACACAGCCAUGCCUUUGACACACUAGGAGUUUUUAAAGAGACAGCAGCCCAUUUUCAAGGCAUUCACAUAAAGUCAAUUUCCAUUAAAUCUUAUUUGAUAUAUAUGGGAUUUUUACCACUGAAGGUAACAUGGUUACUUCAUUAUGCUAUUAAAUGGAACUGUGUGCCUAGCAAAAACUUAGUUGCAAUUAGAACUGAAUGGACAGAGGUAGGCAGUGGGAAUCAAACCAGCAACACACUGACUGUGAGACAAACUACAACUGUCUCCACUUUUUCCUAUUAAAUACAUAUGCAAUGCAGUAUAACACAACAGCUGUAUUUAACUCCACAAAUGUCACACUCCUGCACAGGAUUAAGACAGCAGUGUGCUGACAAUUAAACUCCUAUUGCUCCCCACUUCAUAU